AUGGCAACCAAGACAGAAAAGAAGCUGUCAGAGUACGUGAUCCAGCGGAAAGGGAUUCUUGUAGUGCAGAAGGCAGUGGAAAAGUUCGCGGAGAAUUUCGAUUGCGAUCGGGAUGCGUGCCAAAUUCCAAUUCGCCUUGAUUCACUGGACCGGAUCUACAAGGAGUACCUGGAGGUACAAGGACAGAUCGAGUUGUAUGAUAAACCGGAGAUGUUGGAUACCCAUCUGCAAGAGAGAAUGGAUUUCGAGACGCGUUAUUGUACGGUCAAAGGAUUUCUGCUGUCCAAUCGUGCUGCGGACCUCAACCCAACCAUGCUGAACAGCACUAUGGCGGCACCUGCCCAUGCUUCGUCCUCGUUUCAUCUACGAUUACCUAAGAUCGACCUUCCCAAGUUUAGCGGUGACUUCUCACGUUGGCUCGCUUUCCGUGACACGUAUACGUCGAUGAUCCACAGCAAUGCAGAUAUUCCGACGGUUGCGAAGCUGCAGUACUUGCUGCAGUCGCUGGAGGGAGAAGCCCGGAAACCUUUCGAGUCCGUAGACAUUGAAGCGGACAACUACGCAUCGACUUGGGAAGCAUUGCUAAAGCGGUAUGACAACAAGCGAUUCCUGAAGCGUCAGCUCUUCCGAGCAUUGUACGACCUCCCACCGGUCAAGCGAGAAAACCCUCCAGAAAUCCAAGGAUUGGCUGACGAUUUCCAUCGGCAUGUGCGGGCUUUGGCAAAGUUAGGCGAGCCAGUCCAUUAUUGGGACACCCCGUUGGUCAACCUCCUUUCCUACAAGUUGGAUCCAACUACGCUACGUGCUUGGGAGGAGAAAACCAGCAAUAACGACGACGUUACCUAUGAUAUGCUGAUCGAGUUCCUCUACCAGCGUGCCCGAAUGCUGACAUCUGUCGUAACUGACCUGCAAUAUCGGUCCCAACAACCGGUUACAGCCAAGGUGGCCGGUCCGAUUCCAACCCCAAAGCCGUUCAAGGUGGCGUACAAGGCAGCUACCGUUGAACCGAACUACAGUGCUCCGUCGUGCCUCGCUUGUCCAGACAAGCAUUUCCUCUUCCAAUGUCCUGCAUUUUCCGAGGUGUCCGUCCGCCAGCGCCGUGAGCUGGUUUCCCAAAAGCGCUUAUGCUGGAAUUGUUUCCGUACUGGACACCACUGUCACGAAAAACACCACUCCCUGCUGCACGAGUCAGAACCGCCGAAGAUGCUAUCGACUCGUAUUAUCGAGGAAAGUCAGCCGAUUCCCUCGACGUCCGCCAUCGCUGACCCUUCCAGCUCGGUGAAGCCGAACAGCCAAGUAAGCCUAUCGGUUCAGGCUGAGCACAGUACAGUUUUACUGGAAACUGUUUCCCUCUUCGUCGUAGAUCAGGAUGGCAAGAAGGUCCCCGCACGCGCACUUCUAGAUUCCGGAUCCAUGUGCAACUUCAUCACCAAGAAGCUUGCAAAUUCCCUGAACCUUCAUCGCACCAAGGUGGAUAUCGCAGUAGCUGGUAUAGGUGAAGCCACCAAGCAGAUUAAGUGCCAAUUGACUGCUAUGAUCCAGUCGAAGUCGACACCGUACUCUACCAAGCUUGAGUUCCUGAUCCUCAAGAGACCGACGGUCAACCUUCCGACCGUUCCGGUCGACAUUUCCGCGUGGAAUCUUCCCAAGUUGUCGUUGGCAGACCCCAGAUUCCAUAUCCCAUCCGACAUUGACAUGGUUGUCGGUGGUGAAGCGUACCAUGAGCUGCAUCCUGGCAGCAAGCGUUCCCUGGGAGAGGGAUUACCGCUGCUAAUAGAGACGGUGUUCGGAUGGACUGUUUCCGGGAAGAUAUCCAUCAAUCAUCCCACUAUUCCCCGCGUCUGUCAUCUAACCACUGUCGAUCGCAGCUUAGAACAAGCGUUGCAGAAGUUCUGGGAACUAGAAGCUGUUGAGCCGUGUUCUGUGUAUUCCGUAGAAGAAAAACAGUGUGAAGAACUUUAUGCUACUACCACCACUCGCGAUUCGUCCGGUCGUUAUCUCGUUCGUUUGCCACUCACCCGUGAUCCGCUAGUCAACCUCGGCGAAUCCAGAGCCAUCGCCGAACGUCGUUUUCUGAGCCUUGAGAAGCGACUAGAGCGUGAUCCACCCACCAAGGAUGCAUACUGCAAGUUCAUGGACGAAUACGCACGAAUGGCGCACAUGAAGAAGCUCGUCGAUCCAGUAGACGAUGCGAACCCGCACUGCUACCUCCCGCACCACCCUGUGUUCAAAGAAUCCAGCACAACCACGAAGGUCCGAGUUGUUUUCGACGCAUCGUGCAAAACAUCGUCAGGAUUUUCCGUCAACAAUAAGCAGCUCAUUGGACCUGUCGUCCAGGAAGACCUGUUAUCUAUCGUCAUGAGGUUCCGCACACACCCGAUUGCCAUUGUAGCCGACAUCGAGAAGAUGUACCGACAGAUUCAGCUGCAUCCCGAAGACCGACCGCUUCAACGCAUUCUCUGGCGUUCCAACCGCGACGAUCCGCUCAUAGCGUACGAGCUCCAAACCGUUACGUACGGGUUUGCAUCCGCGCCAUUCCUAGCAACUCGCACCCUCCUACAAGUUGCACAGGACGAAGGCGACAAGUAUCCCGCCUCCGCAGAUGCUGUGAAACAGGAUUUUUACGUCGAUGACUUUUUAUCGGGAGCUGACGAUGUCCAAUCCGCAAUCCGCCUUCGCCAAGAAGUUUCCGCCAUGCUUACGUCAGCUGGCCUUCCGUUAAAGAAGUGGGCAUCCAAUUCCUCCGAAGUCCUUGCGCAAGUCCCGCAAGAAGAUCUCGCUCUACUGCCACUGCAUGAUCUUCAGGACGAACAAUCCGUAUCCACCCUAGGACUCGUGUGGGAGCCUAAGUCUGAUACGAUGCGCUUCAAGGUCCAGUUGCCUCUACCAGCACCCGUUCUGACCAAAAGGAAGGUCAUGUCCUACAUUGCGCAGAUCUUCGACCCACUAGGACUAGUUGGCCCGACAAUCACCGUAGCGAAACUGUUCAUGCAGCGUCUGUGGGCAUUGAAGACCGACGCAGGAGAUUCCUACGAGUGGGAUCGUCCGCUACCUCCGCAUUUCCAAGGCGAAUGGAAGGAGUUCCAUGGUACGCUAGACGCAAUCUCCACAAUCCGCAUUCCCAGAUUCGUGUCGCAGGUCAAGACCGAAACCAUCCAGCUCCAUUUUUUCUCCGAUGCUUCAGAGAAGGCAUAUGGCGCAUGCUGCUACGUCCGGUCUGAAUCCGCUGCAGGAAUUCGUGUUCAGCUGCUAACGUCAAAAUCCAAGGUCGCACCGUUAGCCACCUACCAAUCGAUUGCGCGCCUAGAGUUAUGUGCCGCCGUGUUGUCGGCUAGUCUAUAUGAGAAGGUGAUGAAGUCCCUUAAGACAGCGUGCGAAGUGUUCUUCUGGGUUGAUUCGACGAUAGUCCUCUACUGGCUGCAAUCGUGCCCAUCGCGCUGGAAAACGUUCGUGGCAAACCGAGUGUCCACAAUACAAUCCACUACCGGAUCUUGCUCCUGGCAGCACGUUCCCGGAGAAUUCAACCCUGCAGACCUUAUAUCCCGAGGUGUCAAUCCGGCCGAUAUCGUGAACCUCGAGUUUUGGUGGAUAGGACCGCAAUGGCUAUCGGUUUCUAUCGGUUUCAUCACACCACUGGCCACGCACUGUGCUGCCAGCGUGCGAUUUGUCCACAAUGCCAGAGAUCAAAGUCGCUACUCCAGCUUUACGAAGCUACGACGUUCCAUCGCGUAUUGGAUGCGAUAUUUUCGCUCUCUACGAGCUGCCGUCCAGAAGACCAAACCAGAGCCGUUUGAGUCUCUUUCCACACCUGAUCUACGCGAUGCUGAUCUAGCAUUGUGCCGAAUUGCCCAACCAUCGUUGAAGUGGCUGAAACCGGUGAUGUAUAAAGACGGCGUUAUUCGAGUCGGUGGGAGACUCAAGCACGCCGCAGUUUCGGAAGAAGUGAAGCACCCGAUAAUGCUGCUUGCGAAGCACCCGCUAUCCGUGAUGUUGUCAGAGCACUACCACUACAAUCUGCUGCACGCAGGACCACAGCUGACGUUAACCACGAUGCGCCAGAAAUUCUGGGUGAUUGGAGGACGCGACCUCGUUCGCCGCACGUACCAUCAAUGCCACACGUGUUUUCGUAGCAAACCCCGUUUGAUCCAGCAAACCGUAGCAGACUUGCCGUCCUCGCGAGUUUCGCCAACCAGACCGUUUUCCGUAUGCGGUGUAGACUAUUGUGGGCCUGUCUACAUUAAAUCACCGAUACGAAACCGUGCACCGACGAAGGCAUACGUCGCGAUCUUCGUGUGUUUCUCCACCCGCGCUGUCCACAUCGAACUAGUCUCGGACCUAUCUACGCCAGCCUUUCUGGCUGCCCUUCGCCGUUUCGUCGCCCGCAGAGGAAGAAUGAGGGAGAUCCAUAGCGACAACGGCACCGCAUUCAAGGGAGCGUCCAACGAGCUCAACCGAAUCCACCAGAUGCUAAAGUCCGAUCAAGGUGGACGAAAGCAGAUCCUCGAUUGGUGUUCCGAGAAUGAGAUCACGUGGCGAUUCAUUCCACCUCGCGCUCCGCACUUCGGCGGUCUGUGGGAGGCAGCCGUCAAGUCAGCUAAGCACCAUCUGCUGCGGGAGAUCGGCUGUGUGAACGUCGGUUACGAGGACAUGAUAACCAUACUCACCCAGAUCGAGAUGUGUCUAAACUCCAGACCUCUCACCGCGAUACCAUCCGAUCCGUCAGACCUGGAAGCUCUGACCCCAGGCCAUUUCCUGGUGGGAACCAGCCUACAAGCCGUUCCAGAACCGUCACUUUGCGAUGUACCCGACAAUCGACUUUCACAUUGGCAGCACACCCAGAAGCGUGUCCAAAGGAUUUGGGCAAGGUGGUAUCCCGAGUACCUUCAGCAGCUGCAGUCACGAGCCACGAAGCAGUACCCCAAGGUCACCAUUGAACCCGGACGAGUUGUGGUGAUCAAGGACGAAUGUCUGCCGCCAACUCAAUGGCCACUAGGAAAAAUCAUCCAGGUACACCCGAACAAGGAUGGAAUUGUUCGCGUUGUCACCCUGAAAACCGCCACAUCCGAUUCAGUUGUCCGGCCAGUCGUGAAACUGGCCUUGCUUCCGACACCGGAAACGCAGUCCACAGCGUUUGAUCCCAGUUCGGACGAAGAAUAG